AUGGUGUUCACUAUAUUUGCGUUUGCCCCUCUUUCUAGCUUCUGUUACAGUACCAAUGUUGGUUAUCUUUACCCGCAGUUCUACGAUAGGUCAUGUCCACAAGCACGAGAAAUUGUUAAGUUGAUUGUUGCCAAGGCCGUAGCAAAAGAGUCUCGUAUGGCUGCUUCAUUGCUGAGGCUCCAUUUUCAUGACUGCUUUGUCAAGGGGUGUGAUGCAUCAAUACUUCUGGACAGCACUGGAACCAUAAUCAGUGAGAAGAGAUCCAAUCCCAACAGGAAUUCUGCCCGUGGAUUUGAAGUCCUUGAUGAGAUAAAAUCCGCGCUCGAGAAAGAGUGCCCUCACACUGUUUCUUGUGCUGAUAUUAUGGCUCUUGCUGCAAGGGAUUCCACAGUUCUUACUGGUGGACCUAGCUGGGAAGUUCCAUUAGGAAGAAGAGAUUCAAGAGGCGCAAGUGUGAGUGGUUCAAACCAGAACAUUCCUGCUCCAAAUAACACAUUCCAGACAAUCCUCACUAAGUUUAAGCUGAAAGGACUUGACAUGAUUGAUCUAGUGGCAUUAUCUGGAAGUCACACCAUUGGAAAUUCAAGAUGUGUCAGCUUCAGGCAACGGAUCUACAACCAAACAGGCAACGGGCAACCGGACUACACCCUGGACCAAUCCUACGCAGCCCAAUUGCGUACUAGGUGCCCAAAGUCCGGUGGUGACCAAAACCACUUUUUCUUGGAUUUUGUCUCCCCAACAAAGUUCGACAACAACUACUUCAAGAAUCUGUUGAGUUUCAAGGGCCUGCUGGAUUCUGAUGAAGUUCUGGUGACUAAGAAUCAAGUGUCAUUAGAGUUGGUCAAGAAAUAUGCUGAGAACAAUGAGCUUUUCUUUGACCAAUUUGCAAAGUCCAUGAUUAAGAUGGGAAAUAUUUCUCCACUGACAGGAUCGAGAGGAGAAAUUCGUAAGAACUGCAGAAAGAUCAACGCUUGA